AUGGAUCGGAGCGCCGCAAAGCGUGCCGGGAACUCGCAGGGAUCGACGGCGGUUUAUCAGCGUGGAAAGGACGAUGAAAGCCUAUGGGAUGACGCUGAGCUCAUCCGACUGUGGAACAUGCAAUUGGAGAAGAAGAAGGAGGAGGAUGCCGCACCGCAGCUUGAUGAACUCCGCCCUCUUUCAUCGGAUGACGAUAGCAUGAUCGCCUCUCUCUCAGGGGAGGAUAUGACGGAGACGUCCUCUUCGUCAACACCUCUGCCCAACACUGCAAAGAAGGUAGUUCCCCCUGUUGCUGACACAGGCGCAUUCGGUUUAGACUCUUCACCACUGCAGCAGGACGGAAUGAGGGGUUUGCCGGCUGAGAUUCAACGUGUGGCAUCUGCGUACUAUCGCGCGGGAUAUGAGGCCGGAUAUUUUGUUGGCCGGAGGGAGAAAGUAGCCAACAAAACCAACCCUAAAAAGCGAAGGGGCAAAAAAUAG